GUUUGAUCAGUGACAUUUCCCUCAGCUGUUUAUACCUCACAAAGGAAGAUCAAUGGAUAUUUUACCUUUACUUUGUACAGUUGCUGUGGCUUUCACUGGUUUGACCGAAGCAGCUGGUGUGUUGCCAGACACUCUGAUUGCAGCUGUCGGAGAUAAAGUGAUGUUCACCACAACACUGUCUCCCACGGUAACACCAUUCCUAAUAGUGGACUGGAGAUUUGGUGAUAAGAACAUAAUAUAUUUCAAUGUUAACAACAUAACUGGACCAGAGUACGAAGGCAGGAUCACCCUCUUCAUGUCUACUGGAUCUCUGGAGCUCAGGGAUCUGACUCCUGAGGACAGUGGAGAAUACAGAGUUUCCAUUAUUUCAGUUGGAGCUCGACCGAUUGAAGGGAACACAAGACUGGACGUACUUGUGCCAGUUUCCGAUGUCAUGGUAACUGCCAGCAGCACAGACUUGGUGGAGUUCAACAGCUCUGUCCAUCUGUCCUGCUCCUCCUCUGGAUCCUCUCCCUCUUUCCUCUGGCUGAACGGCAGCUCUGAGGUUACAGCCAGUGACAGAGUUCAGCUCACCGAUGGAGGCGCCAAUCUCACUAUAAUUAAUGUGACCCGCUACGACCAGGGACCGUUCACAUGUCAGGUGUCCAACCUUGUCAGUAAUGGAACAAGUGCUCCAAAAAACCUCUUCAUCAACUAUGGCCCAGAAAAUAUUACUCUCACAAUAUCUUCUUCUAAAGAAAUCUAUGCGGAAGGGUCAGACAUCACCCUGUCCUGUUCAGUUAACUCCAAACCUGCUGCCCAAUUCAUGUGGUUUCUGAAUGGAGAUCUGCUGUCUGAUACUGGACCAGAGCUCAGACUGAUGAAAAUUCAGGAGAGUCAAAGUGGGAACUACAGCUGUCAAGCCUUUAACAGCAAAACCCUGAGAUAUGAAAUGUCUCAGCCUGCAGCCAUCUCUGUACUGGGGAAAAUAUCAAAGGUUUCUAUCACAGAAACCAACUCGCCGAUUGAAGGGAACUCUUUCAACUUAACCUGUGAUGCUGCUGGCUCUGUGUUUACCAGAGAGUGGAUGAAGGGCGGCUUAAAUCUGACUCCAGAUGACAACGUGACACUUUACGACAACAACAGAGUGCUGUCUUUUAAAAGUCUGAGUAAAAAAGACAAUGGAGAUUAUGUUUGUAAAGUCAGCAACACCUUCAGCCAGGAUGAAGCUAAAUACACCAUGGUUGUUUCCUUUGGACCAGAAAAUGUUCAAAUCAACGGUCCAAGUGAGAUACUUUGGGGAGAUACCUUAACAUUAACCUGCUCUGCUGAGUCCGUACCUGCUACCUACACCUGGAUACUGAAAGGGACAGAGAUACACGAUUCUUCUGUUUUGACAAAAAAAAACACUAAACCUUCGGAUAAUGGCAACUACACCUGUCAAGUGAUGAAUCAUAUAACUGGGAGAAAAUCAUCAGCGACCCAUGGACUGUCUGUAACAGGAGAACAACCACCAUCAACAUGUUCGGCUGGUUGCAUCGCUGGAAUAGUAAUCGCGGUUUUAGUCCUCCUCUCUGUAACAGCUGGCGGAGGGUACUACAUUUAUGACAUGAAAAAAAAGAAAGGGAAACUCUCUAAUAUAAACACUGCCACUGGAACAGGAGCUGAAGGCCAGGACAACAAAGCAUACGCAGGACGACAGGAGUUGAAUUACGCAGAUAUCACUAUUUUCCAGAAAAGAGACGGUGGGACAGUGCAGCUGGGGGUACAGGGUAGCACAUCAGAUUAUUCCCAGAUCAGAGUGAACAACAAUCCUUCUGCAGCAUUCCCUCCCACCUAUGAUGCCCACCUGCAGCGACAGAAGAAGCCAGCUCCUCAGCCUGACUCUGAUGGUGCACAAGUUUACGCUAAAGUUCGCAAGAACUGACCGCAUUGGAUAUGAAGGAUCAUCUGUUGAGGUUAGACUGGAGGUUAGACUGGAGGCCAGACGCCGCUGACAUGUGGUCGGUGAAACCAGCACUUCCCUGUCAGCUCCUUUUUAUAGAGGACUAAUUUUGACCUGUGUUUACUGAGUCAAAGCCAUUUAGCAGUGGUUAAUAAUCCACCAGGUUGUGACAGUUGUUGCCAUGACUAAAGUCAGACGGCACAAUGUUGGCCUAUAAACUUCACCACAUCAUAGGUUUCUUUGUUUUAAUGUAUACAAUCGAUGCAAAGUGCACACAUCUGAGGCUUAAGCAUAAUGUUUGACACUGGUGUGGUGUCAUGUUUGACUCCACAUGUGUACUGUGUGAUUCCAGUGAAGAUUACAGUUUAUGAGUAAUAUAUUUUUUUGCAUAUUUAAUUUGCAUUUUACGAAAACCACACAUAUGGGUUAUUUAACAAUAUCUAAUUGACCUUUCAUUGGAAUUUGUCAGGGUAUGGACACGCCCUGAGCUUGUAAAUUAGUCAGUUUAAUAGUUAACUAUAAUGACGGUGCCAUGGUGGAAAGAUUUAUGCUAUCUGCUGGUCUAA